AUGCGCAGCGGGUACGAGAUCGUGGUGCCAAGGAAAGUCAGGUCGGAUGGAAAGUUCGUGUCGCAUCAAAUACCUCAUCACUUCAAGCGUUCCUUCUACAUGGAUCGAACGGCCACGGAUAGGGUCCCAGACGACGCUGUUCACUACCGUUUGCAAAUCGACGACGAGGAACACCACCUCGAGCUCCGGCCGAAUUCCCGUCUCGUUGCUCCAGGUGCUGUCACGGAGGAGCAUGGAGUAUCGAGGAUAACCAAAGCUGGAAACAACGAGGAUUUCUUAAGGAAUGUGAAAUUGAGAGGAAUACACGAUGCCCAGUGUCACUAUCAAGGUCGUGUCCAUGGUCAGUCGGGAAACAGCGCCCUCUCUACUUGUUAUGGCCUCGCCGGAUAUAUUAGAACGAAACGAUCGUGGUACACGAUCGAGCCGGUGGCGGGUCAUGACUUUACCAAAGAAACGGAGCACCCGCAUGUCGUCUACAAAAAGAGACCGGACGAAUUCGGAAGGAACGCCGAGAUUCUCUGUAAUGUCACCGGCAAUAUGGCCAAAACCAUUGCCAAGCGCGCUUUCAGUUCGCAGAAAAGCCACCCACCUAAGAAGCAGGCCAAAUCCUACACGAUGGAACUGCUGCUGGUACUCGACAAGACCGUUCUCGAUUAUCGCCAGGAUUUCGACGCUGCCGGACUGUUACACGAUGAUAGUCUAGGAAUACCGGUGGAUUUGAGUGUUGUUAGGAUUAUAAGAUUGCAUGUCCAGGAAGAUGAGAUGAAUUUGGCGAUAACUAGAGACCCGAAUAGUACUCUCAAAUACUUCCAAGAAUGGCAGCAAAUGAUUAACCCAGGCGACGAUGCACACCCGAAUCACCACGACUGUGCUAUUCUGAUUACAAAGAGCAACAUUUGUGAUUCGCCGAGCAUGUGUGGUUUCACUGGUGCCUCAACGAUCGCUGGGACUUGCGACCCUUUGAAAGGUGCUGCCGUUAUAAACGAUGUUGGCCUACACACGGGAUACCACAUUGCCCAUCACAUUGGACACACGUUGGGCAUGUUGCACGACCUCGAAGAGGAAAAUGGCUGCCCGGGUAUUAUUCGUCAUGAAAAAGGGUACAUCGAAACGACGGUCAUGUACCCCGGAAACAUGUAUGUCACGAAAAGGUGGUCCAAAUGUUCGAGGAAUUCGCUGAACUCGUAUAUCGAUACAGGUUUGGGAUUCUGUUUAGAGGACGCGCAAAAUUACAAGUUCACCAACAUGGAUUUACUUCCAGGAGUGAUGUACGAUGGGGAUGACCAGUGUCGGAUAGAGUAUACUCCUGACGCGCGACAAUGCGACCUGGAAAUCAGCUGCGAGGCCCUGAGGUGCGCCAUUCCACGAAAGGGUUGCGUGUCCAUGAGGAAACCGCCAGCGGAGGGCACUCGUUGUGGAGAGAACAGGUGGUGUUACGGAAUGAAAUGCCUGUUGGUCGGCGAACGGCCAGGAGUCGUGGACGGUGGUUGGGGUAGUUGGUCACCUUGGAGUCGAUGCUCCCGUAGCUGCGGUUCCGGUGUGGCUUUCUCAGUCAGACGAUGUAUCAAUCCUGCGCCGUCCAACGGUGGGGCAUACUGUCGUGGAGACAGAAAACGUCAUAAAAUAUGCACCACGAAGCCGUGCGACAUCGGCGCGCCAUCAUUCCGCGACGUCCAGUGCAGCGAGUUCAACAACUGGGUCUUCCCAGAAGACGGGAAAGUUCACCGAUGGACCGCUUACAACCUGCCAGAGGAUCUGAGAGCUUCGGAGAAUCCAUGUGGCCUUUACUGUCUAAGCGAGACGGACGUGGUGGCGACGUUACAGCCCAGAGUUGUCGAUGGCACCACCUGCUACAGGGGUAUACGAGAUAUUUGCAUCGAAGGUGUCUGUCGUGAGAUACCCUGCGAUCUGAAUAUGGAGUCGAACGCUAUUGAAGACGCGUGUGGCGUUUGUAGGGGUAAUGGCACUUCGUGCAGCCUGAAGGAGGCCAUGAUAACGAUCGGGCCUGCGUCCCAACCGAGGAAAGUAGUGGACGUCCCGGUUGGCGCGACCAACAUCCGGUUGGAGGAGAUCGAGCCCUCCAAAUCUAGGAUAAUGGUGCAGACCACAGACGGGAAAUCGUUAAUUGAUGGGGAUCGUUUAGGAAUGUUCGAGCUGGCGGGCACGAGGGCGUGGCUAGGAAGGAUAAGAGCGAGCCAGGAGGCUCUCAGCAUGCCGGGACCCGUCACGGAAGACUUGGUUAUAUUGGUUCUACCAAAAGAAAAUGUGACGGUGAGGUAUUCAUUCGGUGUAAAAGAGAAGAGCCCUCGUAAACCAGAGUUCUCGUGGGACUUUGUCGACUGGGAGAGGUGCAGCGCGAAUUGUGGACCUGGUGAACAGAUCUCCAAGCCUCGUUGCCUGGAAAAACUCGCUGGUAUCGUGGACGAGACGUACUGUAAGAAUAUCAUGAGACCGGAGGAAAAAGUGAAACCCUGUUAUCGUGCACCCUGCCUGCCUAGAUGGAUGAUCGGUGACUGGCAAGGUUGCACAUCCUGCGUGGUUGGCUGCGAGAAGAAGCGAACCGUCAAAUGCGUACGUCCCGUUGGCCAUUCCGAGCAGGAUAUAGAUAUUAUCGCUGACAGCUACUGUCAAGGACCUAAGCCGAAAGAACAGGAGUCCUGCACAGGUCGGGAGAAACGGGACAAUGUCGUGACACAAGACCAGAAAAACAAAAGCGAUGAAUAUUCCUCUAAAAGCAGUUCUAAAACCCGAAGGAAAUACAAGGAGAAAGCAAAGGAAGCUUACAGCGUAAAGAGGGGCGAACUGGUGGUCGACACGGAGGAUAUUAAAAAUUUAACGCUCACCAUCAUCUUGGAACGCGACGAAGCAAACGACUCUCUGAACUUUCCCAAGGAUUUCGAACCCCAGCCACCUAGCAACAGCACAGAGUUUACUUUGGUAGGAAUGGAUGCUGUUAAAUAUAUACAAAAAAUUGAACAGGACGUCGAAGCUGCUUCGAAACGACAUCUCCGAUAA